AUGCUUUGUGGAAUUUCAGGAGAAGCUCCUCAGGAGCCCGUCGUGUCCAAGAAAUCCGGUGUUGUUUACGAGAAGCGUCUUAUCGAGCAGUACAUCAACGAGCACGGCACCGAGCCCGACUCUGGCGAAGCGCUCACCGCGGAAGAUCUCCUGCCCAUCCACUCGUCGCGUAUCGUCCGACCGCGUCCUCCCACCCUCACCUCCAUCCCCGCCCUCCUCGCAACCUUCCAGAACGAAUGGGACGCGCUCGCGCUAGAGACAUAUAACCUCAAGGAGCAGCUGGCGCGCACCCGGGAGGAGCUUGCCACAGCUCUGUACCAGCACGAUGCCGCUGUUCGAGUUAUUGCCCGACUGUCGAGGGAGCGAGACGAGGCCAGGGAUGCGCUUAGCAAGGUGACUGUGACGGGCGCCGCUGCCGACGGUGAUCAAAUGAUGGUGGACAGCGUGGAGAAGCUGCCAGAGGAGCUUGUUGCCAAGGUGGACGAGACUCAUCAAACACUAUCCAAGGGUCGCAAGAAGCGCCCUGUCCCCGAGGGCUGGGCUACCGCAGACGAUAUCUCCGCUUUUGAAAACGCGACCACACAUUCUCUUCCAGUCCCCGAGGCCACUGCGCUCAGUGUUGGAGGUGCUAGCGCCGCUAUUGGAGGUCUGAAGGGCCAGGCCGUCGUCUACGCCACCAACGAGGACAAGGUCGAGGUUUCGAUUGCUGUGGAGGAGCCUGUGACGGACGCAGUAUGGGCCGAGGACAAGAUUGCCUUUGCUACUGGUCAGGGAAGCGUCAAGGUGUUCCAGGAGGGUAACCAGGUGGCAUCGCUGAGCGAGCAUGCUGGUGCUGCGACAGCACUGAGCCUGCACCCCAGUGGUACCAUCUUGGCGUCUGUCGGCACGGAUAAGAGCAUCGUGUUUUAUGAUUUGACUUCGCAGAAGCGUGUCAGCCGCGCUUACACCGAUGCUGCUCUUACUUCGUGCGCAUUUCAUCCCGAUGGCCACCUGUUCGCCGCUGGCACCACUUCUGGCGACAUCAAGCUCUUCAUGACCAACACUCUGGAGCAAGCCGCAGUCUUCAGCCUGGGUGCCCCCAUCCAGGCCAUCGCCUUCUCCGAGAACGGUUACUGGUUCGCGGCCACAGCUAAGGGCCAGACCAUGGUGACCAUCUUCGAUCUACGAAAGGAGGGAGACGCCGCAGUGGCCAAGGUCCUCGAGACUGGCGGACCAGUCCAGUCCUUGGCCUGGGACUACAGCGGCCAGUUCCUCGCCACCGGUGGUUCUUCUGGAGUGACGGUUCACCAAUACACCAAGUCCAGCAAGAAGUGGAGCGAGCCCCUGAGGAAUUCCACCGCUGCCGUUGCUAUCCGAUGGGGAGAGUCCGCGAAGCAGCUGGUGACAGUCAAUGGCGAGGGUGUGGUCAGCAUACUUGGAGCGAAGGAAUAG